CUACAGCCAGUUCAUUUCCUUUUCACGUUGAUUGUCAACACACGUUGUUGGAUUUCGCUAAAUUUUUUGUUUUUUUCGAUUUUUUUUGAUCUUUUUUUGAUUUCUUCUGGCUAUUGCAGCAACAACUUUCCACACGUAAAACGAUCGAAAAUGUUGAUGCCCAAAAAGGACCGAAUUGCUAUUUAUGAAUAUUUAUUCAAAGAGGGUGUCAUGGUUGCAGAAAAGGAUUUCCAUUUUCGAAAGGCACAUCCAGCUCUUACUAAAGUUCCAAAUUUACACGUUAUUCGAGCACUACAAUCGUUGAAAAGCCGUGGUUACGUCAAAGAACAAUUUAGCUGGCGACAUUAUUAUUGGUAUUUGACUAACGAGGGUAUCAAUUAUCUUCGUGAAUACUUACAUUUGCCACCAGAAAUUGUACCAGCAACACUGAAACGUACCGUUAAACCUGAUGCUCGUACACGCGAUAAACUUGAAGAUGCUCCAGCAAGAGGCGGUGCUGGUGGCCGAGAAUCUUAUCGUCAAAAUGAAGGAUAUCGAACUGGUUAUGGACGUGGCAUGAAACCGGCCCAAUAAAUAAUUUUUUAUGUCUGACAUUUUUAACAAAUAAAAUGCAUUAUUAAUUGAAAAA